AUGAGGCGUUGUCUCGUGUUGCUGACUCUCGGAUUGGCGUUGAUCGGAGAAGCACGGAUAUACAAUGGAAAGUCGAGACACGAACGACAAGCGCCUGACGAGUUCGAGAAUCAACUCCAACCGGUGGGUGAAAGUGAGAAUUUCAAUCCGUACGAAGUCGUUUCUGUCGAUGGACAAUCACCUGUCAGAUAUCAUCACACCGAAUGUGGGAUUGUUUUGAAAGAGAUCGCCGUCCUUCAACCAGUCAACUCCGAUCGGGACCAGUUCAUUUUGAAGAGGAUUCUCAUCGAGAAAGACACUGGCAAACCAGCGAGCGGUCCAUGUGCUGAAGCUCUGCAAGCGAGCAUUGACAAAGAAGAUGCCGGGAAAGCACCGUAUGAACCACCAGAGCGAAUUGAUGGAGGAGUCGAGCCGAGAAAGGAAAACAAUGUGAUCGCCGAGUUGCCCUACAUGUCGGCACCGAUCGAACCGCCACGUGAUCACUCGUUUCCAUUGGACAACAAUGUACAGCGACAUCCGCAAAGACCAUAUGGCGAUGCGCAAUUCGCCGAUGCGCAGACUCAUCACGGUUACAGGAAAGGCAAGAAAUGUGCGAAUGGAAGGAAAGAAACGGCAGUCGAGGAGAAUCGAAGCCCACGAAAAUGCCGAAGAAAGGAUCUCCCACCUCAACCCGUCGUUAUCCCCUGGUGCAACACCGAGAAACCAUGGCUGAACACGGCGCCUUGCCAAAUGCCACCAACACCGGAAUACAAAGAGGUCGUGCGUCCCCGAGUGGAACAAGUCGAGAUGAAGCCACAACCAAAGAGGCGACAAUGUGUUCAUCGACCACGUCAAUCAGCUCCAUUACCCGAGAUUGCCAUCCAACCACCGAGCAGGCCUGCAAAAUGCCGGAAUAGAAACGUUGGUUUGCCGCCAAAUGGACAACCCCAUCACCACAAUCAUCUCCAUCACAGCAAUCACAACAAUGAGCUGAAAACUUUGGAUCCGGUUUACGAGCGACGAGACAAUUCGGUGAAUGAACCCGGGAUCGAGAUGGAAGAUGAUCGCAAGAAGAGAGAGGAUCUGCAGCCGAUCGCCGCACUGCCCGUGUAUCGAAUU